UCCUCUUCGAGUUCCAAAUUCCAAUCGCAGAUCACCUCCCUUACUACGCCGCCGGCGCUUCUCCGUUUCACGCCAUCUCGAGAUGAUGCAGGCUUGCUGCAGACGCUCCGCACGCCGAUUCCUAGACCAAUCGCCGGCCAUUCCGGCCUUUAAUUCGAUCUAUCCCCUACCAUCCUAUGAUGGUGGGAGCGGUCGACCUCGGUGUGCAUCCACUGUCGCCGUCCACGGAACGGGGCAUCUUGUUCGCAAGGGAACUGGUGGAAGGUCCUCUGUUAGUGGAAUUGUUGCUACUGUAUUUGGAGCUACUGGAUUUCUUGGGCGCUAUGUUGUCAGCCAACUUGCUAAAAUGGGCUCCCAAGUGCUGGUACCUUUUAGGGGAUCUGAGGAUUCUCACAGGCAUCUCAAGUUGAUGGGUGACUUGGGUCAGAUUGUUCCCAUGGGGUACAAUCCAAGAGAUGAGAAUUCAAUUAAAGCUGUCAUGGCAAAGGCAAACGUGGUUAUAAAUUUGAUUGGGAGAGAAUAUGAGACAAGGAACUACAGCUUUGAAGAAGUAAACCAUGCGAUGGCUGAACAACUUGCAGCGAUUGCUAAAGAUCAUGGUGGCAUCACGAGAUUCAUACAAGUUUCAUGCUUAGGAGCAUCUUCCACUUCUCCUUCUAGAAUGUUGAGGGCCAAGGCUGCAGCAGAGGAAGCGGUCCAAAGACAGUUCCCUGAGACCACAAUUAUGAAGCCUGGAGUCAUUUUUGGUGCAGAAGACAGUAGCUUGAACAAAUGGGCACAAUUUGUCAAAAAAUGGAGUUUUCUUCCACUUUUUGGAGAUGGAUCAACAAAGAUUCAACCAGUAUAUGUUGUUGACGUGGCUGCUGCAAUUAUAGCUUCCUUGAAGGAUGAUGGAACCAGUAUGGGAAAAAUAUAUGAACUAGGUGGACCAGAGAUUGUUACUGUACAUCAACUGGCAGAACUGAUGUUUGACACAAUACGAGAACAUCCGCGAUAUGUAAAGAUUCCUUUCGCAAUUGCAAAGGCAAUUGCAGCUCCUCGAGAGUUGUUGUUAAAUAAAGUACCAUUUCCUUUGCCCACCCCAGGCGUCUUCAAUCUUGAUCAGAUUAACUCGCUCACUGUCAACACUUUAGUCUCGGAUAAUGCUUUGACAUUCGAGGAUCUCGGCAUUGUUCCUCACAAGCUGAAGGGUUAUCCCAUCGAGUAUCUUUUCUGUUAUCGCAGAGGUGGACCAAAUGUUGGCGCUACUGCCUUCCAAAAAGCAAAAGGAAUAUAUUAGCACGGCCAGAUGACAAACAGAUCUUUAACAUGAAGAUUUGUUGCAAUCACGUUGUCUUAGCUGUGGCAAACUUUUCUGUUUGGCGAGAGAUAUCGAACUCGAAUCAAGCAGUAGCGUACAUCAUUUUCUUGGGUGAUACCAUAAUUUAAAUAACAAAGUGAAAAGAGUGGUUCACCUGAUUCAAAUGUCAAGUGGCCAUGCCUUUUGCAGGCUUGCACAUUUCUAGCCAUUUUGAUCAACAACAUCCAUCUUUUGCACAUUUCAUUAUCUUUGAGCUUUUGUCAA